UUCGGCAUAACAAACCAAUGCGUGGCAUAUUUAUGCGGAUUUGUAAUGUUAAACUCUGCAUCUAUUUUACUGAGUCCGUAGCGCUGCAGAGAGGGUGCUAAAAUCACACCCCGAAAUAUUUAGUGUAAGCCACAGCUCGGGGACUGUCCGUUUUUCAGUGAGUGUACCAGCCUGCCCAGAAAGUGAAGUGGAAUUGCCUGUUUCAGCCCGCUGAGCGAGCAGCAUAUGGCCAUGCAGUCCGUACUGAACACGGUCCGGAGGGCCGCCCUGGGCGUGGCUGAUCAGCUGAUUCCUCUGCCGGGGGAAUCCUGCUUCCGAGAGCGUGGCAUGCUGACGCCGGACGAAUUUGUCGAGUGCGGCGACCAGCUGGUGCACAGCUGCCCCACCUGGUCCUGGGCGUCAGGCGAGGCGGCGCACGCCAGACCCUACCUGCCGGCCGACAAGCAGUUCCUCAUCACUCGCAACGUGCCCUGUCACCGCCGCUGCAAGCAGCUGGACCACGACGAGGCGCAGGAGCGGCUGAUCGCGCCGCUCGACGGCGAGGACGAGGGCUGGGUGGACACGCACCACUUCAGCACGGCCGCUGCGGGCGAGGAGCGCGCCGCGCGCAGCAUGGAGGCCCCCAGCGCGCCGCCGCCGCCCGCGCCCGCCGCUGACGACGACGACGACGGCGAGGACGGCGAGCCGGGCGACAUGGAGGAGUUCGAGGAGAGCGCGCUGGAUGACGCGGAUGACGCCGUGGUGCGGACGGUGCCGGUCACCAGCCGGGCGGCCGCCGGCGCCGCCUGCGCCGCCGCCGACGACGCCGACAUUGUGCGGACGCGCACGUAUCACCUGAACAUCACCUAUGACAGAUACUACCGCACGCCGCGUCUCUGGCUGCAGGGGUUCGACGAGAACCGCCAGCCGCUGACGGCCGAGCAGAUGUACGAGGACUUCAGCCAGGACCACGCGCACAAGACCAUCACUAUGGAGGCGCACCCGCACCUGGUGGGGCCGCCGCAGGCAUCCAUCCACCCGUGCAAGCACGCCGACACCAUGAAGAGGCUCGUGGAGACAGCUGAGGAGGGCGGCCGCCAGAUCUCCGUCCAGAAGUAUCUCAUCGUCUUCCUCAAGUUCAUGCAAGCCAUCAUUCCGACCAUUGAGUACGACUUCACGCAGAACAUCCAGUUGUGAGGCGCGAACGCUGCGGUGGCGCGCGCGGCGUGGUCGGACCUCAGGGGUCUUCGGGGGACGCUGACGGACGGGCGGCGCCGGCGCCGCUGACGGACCCCCUAAGGCCGCGAGGUGGCGCUGGCAGACCGCGGAGGCGGCAGCGCAGCGAUGCGGGGCGGACGCGGAAAGCGUUGGAGGGUGCGGAGACCUCGGCCCCCGGGAACGGACUGGCGGAGACGGUCGGCGGGCUGCUCCCUGUGCUCGCGCGUCGCUGGCUGGGUGCGGCCGGGCUCGUGAGCGCCGGCGGCCACCAAGCCCCGCCCGACGUCUGGGGAACGCGUCGCUGCCGUCAUAAUGCACGGCCACAAUGGAUGCUGCCGACAGAUGCCUCCAGGUCUGCAGUGUCAACGGUAUGCAAGUGUUGCUCGUUGUGGUUCUUCCCGCCGAUGUUUGGGCCAGCUGCUGUUGUGCUAAGCUUUGAUGACAGCACAUUUCAGUUACGUGUGGGGGUUUAUGAGACCUCGGCCGCACUGGUGUCUUGGGGUGUCGGAGCGUGUCUGAAGGUGGCCCGGCGCCCAGCCGUGUCCUCUCUGCCGUCCGUUGCGGCCUGCUUUACCGCUACGCCAGGGGAGCCUGCGACCGGGUGCUUCACGCCGCCGGGGGAGGGGAGGGAGCGGGCGGCGACCGCCAUUCGAUUGCGAGGCCCGGUGGGUCGGUCUGUGCUCUGGAGGCCCUCUGACGCCCACUGGUUCUCCAUAACGUGGUAUCGUGGCUUCCGGCGAUUCAGCCCGCUCUGGCCCGCCCGGCUGAGCCGGCGCGCUGCUGGGCCGCGCCGCUCUGCCUGCUCCGACUGUGAUGAUUCAGAGCGACAAGGUCUGCUACCGAAAUACAGCUUGCAUGAUUUUG